UUAACCGCCAAGCCUGGAAAAGUGACAUGAAGGGAAGGAAAAAAACAGUAUGAUACCGUACUCGCACCGGUAGGAGAAAAGUGAGGCCAAUAAACCGGGUAACAAUGCGCACGUGAUGCAACAUCUGGAAAAUUUCCCCUCAGAACUUUAAUUUCCUUCCUCCCACGUCCUCUCCACCUAUCCAUCGACCCCUCUACCUAUAAAGGACUUGCCGACUCCCCACAUUUUCACCCUUUUACACCUUUUGCGGAAGAGUGCGCGUGCGGGAGGAAUUACACAGGCACAACCAAAACGGAAAAGAGAGACAAAACCUAAUUCAUGAGACGAGGAAUAAUAGUCGGAUAAUUCAGCAAAAGCAAAAGUGCCAAAAGUCAAGCAACAUGUCAUUCUGGGACAAUUUUACCGGCAGAAAAACCCCCCGCCAGUUGAGCACUACGAGCACUACUGCCGUCUCCCGCGACCACCCGUCAGAUGGCGGCGACAUCGCCCCGACCUCAUCCUUCACGCAACAAAAUACCUUCGACCCAACGGGCAUCACGUCCGUCAGUUCCUUCCUCGCCCCCGCCGUCGCCGACCCGGCGGUCCUGCACCCACUCGCGGGACUAGACAAAGGCCUCUCAUACCUGGACCUAGAAGAAACCGCUUUAUCGACACUCCCGGGCUCGCAAACGGCCCUCCCGUCCCGCGGCUUCGGCGAUGACUUAUGUUACGGUACCGGUACCACCUACCUCCUCGCGCUGUCCCUCGGUGGGGCAUGGGGUUUCGCUGAAGGCCUGAGCAGAUCCCCGCCUAAUGCCCCACCACGACUACGUCUGAACGCGGUGCUCAACGCGAUGACCCGACGGGGGCCCUUCCUGGGGAACAGCGCCGGCGUGCUGGCUCUUGUUUAUAAUGGGGUGAAUUACACGGUCGGGAGUUUGCGUGGUAAACACGACGCAGCGAAUAGUAUUAUUAGUGGCGUCGUGGCCGGCGCGAUUUUUAAGAGUACGAGAGGGGUUAGGCCUAUGCUUAUCAGCAGUGGGAUUGUCGGCGCUGCAGCGGGGGUUUGGGCGAUUGGAUUGAAGGCUUUGUUGUAGGUUAUGGGUGUUGCCGAAGGGAGGGGAUGGAGGGGGGGGGGCGGGCUUGGGUUCAGAAAUCUCACCUCAUUACAUGAACAUAACAUAACAUGAUAGUUCCUUUUUUCUGUCUAGAUUGUGUGUAUAAAAGUUUCCUUUUCUUUCUCUCUUUUUUUCUUCGGCAUUUCCUUCUUCACCCCCCCCCCGGAGCUCUCCUUCACCCCUUUUCUGUUUCCACUUUUU